GCCAGCCCUCCGGAGGCCGCCUCGCCAUUGGCUGGGAUCUCCGGAGCUGAAAGCGCCGCCGAGGCUAUUUAUUCGGGCGCCUCAGAAAGCGGAGCCGAGAGGCAGAGAGCGAGCCAAGGAGCCCUCGCCUUCCCCUCGGAGUCCGUCAGAAAGGCCCGUCGAGAGGAGAGUCGCCCUCCUUGGCCGAGGGGCGCGGGGAAGAGGCGAGAGGGCAGUGGACCUGGAUGCCCCCCGAGGGUCCCUUGGCCGAGUGGGGCGCCGUCGGGGCUCUUGCUCUUGCUCCCUCUCGGGCCCCUUCCAUGCCUCUCUCUUAAGCGCCGUCGGGCUCCUGCUGCUGAGGCUGCUCUCCUUCUGCCUGCUCUUCUCUGCCGCUGCGCCCGCCUUCCCUCCGGCAUGAAUCUGCUGGACCCCUUCCUGAAGAUGAGCCAGGAGCAGGAGAAGGGCCUCUCGGGGGCGCCCAGCCCUUCCCUCUCGGAGGACUCGGCCGCCUCCCCUUCUCCCUCGGGGGGCUCCGGCUCCGACGCCGAGAACACCCGGCCCCCCGAGAACGCCGCCUUCCCCAAAGGAGCCGAGCCCGCCGCCGCCGCCGAGCUGAAGAAAGAGGCCCUGGCAGGCGCCGGAGCCGGGGCAGCCCCGGGGGCCGGAGGCGGAGGAGGGCCGGCCGAGGAGGAGGAGGAGGACAAGUUCCCGGUCUGCAUCCGCGAGGCGGUCAGCCAGGUGCUGAAGGGCUACGACUGGACCCUGGUGCCCAUGCCCGUCCGCGUCAACGGCUCCAGCAAGAACAAGCCCCACGUCAAGCGACCCAUGAACGCCUUCAUGGUCUGGGCCCAGGCUGCCCGGAGGAAGCUGGCCGACCAGUACCCGCACCUCCACAACGCCGAGCUCAGCAAGACCCUGGGCAAGCUCUGGAGGUUAUUAAAUGAGAGUGAGAAGAGGCCAUUUGUUGAGGAGGCAGAACGGCUGAGGGUGCAACAUAAAAAGGACCAUCCAGACUACAAGUACCAGCCACGGAGGAGAAAGUCAGUCAAGAAUGGGCAGGCUGAGCAAGAGGAAGGAGCUGAGCAAACCCACAUCUCUCCUAAUGCUAUCUUCAAGGCCCUGCAGGCAGAUUCUCCUCAGUCUUCCUCCAGCAUGAGUGAAGUCCAUUCCCCUGGAGAACAUUCUGGGCAGUCUCAAGGGCCUCCUACUCCUCCCACCACCCCGAAAACAGAUGUCCAGACUGGUAAGCAGGACCUAAAGCGGGAAGGUCGCCCACUGCAAGAAGGAGGGAGGCAGCCACCUCACAUCGACUUUCGUGACGUGGACAUUGGCGAGCUCAGCAGCGAUGUCAUCUCCAACAUUGAGACCUUUGACGUCAAUGAGUUUGAUCAGUAUCUCCCACCCAAUGGCCACCCAGGUGUCCCGGCUACACAUGGCCAGCCCGGCCAAGUCACCUACACCGGCAGCUAUGGGAUCAGCAGUACGACCGCAACUCCUACUGGUCCUGGGCACAUCUGGAUGUCCAAGCAACCACCGCCUCAGCAGCCGCCGCCACCCUCUCAGCAGCCACCACAGCCGCCAUCCCAAGCUCAACAGCCGCCACCACAGCCACCACAGCCACAUGCAUUGACCUCUCUGAGCACCGAGCCAGGGCAGCCUCCCCAGCAGAGGACACAUAUCAAGACAGAGCAGCUCAGCCCCAGCCAUUACAGCGAGCAGCAACAGCACUCCCCUCAGCAGAUGAGCUACAGUUCCUUCAACCUCCAGCACUACAGUUCCUCCUACCCGACCAUCACACGCUCACAGUAUGACUACACAGACCACCAGAGCUCCAACUCCUACUACAGCCACGCCGCCAGCCAGAGCUCCAGCCUUUACUCCACGUUCACCUACAUGAACCCAACCCAGAGGCCCAUGUAUACACCCAUUGCAGACACUACUGGGGUGCCUUCCAUCCCUCAGACCCACAGCCCCCAGCACUGGGAACAGCCCGUCUACACCCAGCUGACCAGGCCGUGAGGUUUUGAAUGAGGGUAAAAAACUUCCUCAGACUCAAGAACGGUUUUAAAAACAAAAGGAAAACUAAAAAGCUAACCAUGAACAAAUGAGUGAGUGGUGAGAACAGAAGAAAUCCAAUUCUGCCUUGUGCACUACAGCAUCCUUUUGAAAUCAGCCAGACUGUUCUGCUCAGUAAAGAAACAUUCCCUGCUGGACUUAAUACUUUAAUUUGAAGGCGAUUUCUUUUUAUUUUUCCUUCUACAAGUGACCAAUUUAGUUUGCCUAGCUAUGGACUUUGGUAAUUGUUUUUUUAACAAUAACUAAAAAUAUUUUUAAAAGACAAAAAAAAAAGAGAGAGAGAGAGAAGAGUCAUAGCAUUCCUCUGUGAGGAAUAUUCUCUAUUUUAAAUAUUUUUUAGUAUGUACUGUGUAUGAUUCCUCACCAAUUUGGGGGGAUUUAUAUGUGAUUUUACUUCAUGUUUUUAGACACACUUUAAAAAAAAUGUUCCUUUUUCUUUUGGCAGUUAAACAACACUUAGUCAAACAAUAUGCCUUAGCUCUUUGCCUUGCUGUCAGAGGUAUUUUUAUAUAGUCAAUUGUCUUUUGCUUGUUGAGAGCAAAAAUGUGUGCAUAAAGUCAAUGAAAACAAAAACGGGGGGGGGGGGGGGGUCCUCACUAACCAGUGGUUACUUGCUCAGUAUAAUAAUGUUGAUUUGGAAAGAGAUGAUAUUUUUCUAGCUUGGAAAUAAACUAUGUUUUGGGAUAAUUUUUUUAAAGAAAUAACACCUUGAGCCUUAACUCAACAUUCAUGAAAAGCCUUAAAGAACAACCUUGUGUUAGCUUCCAAGAGACUUGCACAAUGAUUCCCUCAUUGCCAAGUGGGAAAAUGUGAGUCUCUGAAGGAGAAGAGCUCAGCUUGUAAGGUCUGAAGCUUUUUUCAAAAAUUGUUUUGUAUUCUUGGCAACCACCAACACCCAAUUAUAAAGCCACCAAACAGCAUUCCCUAACCUUGGCAUGCACAUUCAUUCUCUCUCUCACACACACACACACACCACCUCUACCUUGGCUUCAGACACAAGGCCUCUCCAUAUGAGGGAGAGUUUGGAUAGUCCAAAACAUACCUUCCCUCCAAAUCCCAUUAUGAACUGGAUUUUCUACUCCAUGGAACCCAUUGGCAGGGAUGGCAGUGAUGGUGGCAAUGGGGGGAAAUAUUGACUUUAGCAAACUUGCAUUGGUGUCUUUUUUAAAAGAAAAGAAAAAAGAAAAGAAAUAUAUAUAUUUAUUUUGUGAAAAGAAGUUUUAAUCAUGCGUUUUUUUCUUCCAUUUCCUCCUUUCCACAUUACAACUUCUUGUAAUGUAAACAGAAAUGGCAGAGUCUUACACAGAGGGUAUAUGGUGCCUAAUCUUUAAAUUAUGGUCUAAAUCAAUAACCUGUUAUUUAUCUCUCUUGUUCUUUUUUGUAUUUUUAUUAUUAUUGUUGUUGUUAUUAUUCCUUCCGAAUGUGUCUUAGGUUUGUACAAAUACAUCUGCUUCCUUUUGUUGUCCUUUCUGUCUUGCUUCCUCUUUUUUUUUUUUCUUUUUGUCCUUUUUUAAAAGAAUAAACUGGAAAGCUUCCCUCAUCCCCUUGAUUUUCUCACUGUAAACAAAUACAAGAUUGCAAAAGUAGUGUAUCACUGAGUCUUUGGCUUUGCUUUCUGCCUCAGAGCUUCUGGACUCGUGAACUGGGCCUAAGUUUGUCUACACAUGCAGCAGAGAUAAUAGGAAGGCAGAAUAGUCUGCACCACUAAAGGUGGGGAUGCCAUUUUUAAAUGCUUCCCAGGAUGCUGGGUUUUUUUAAAAGAAAAAAACAAACAAACAAUCCUCCCUUGUAUUUUUCCUUCUUAAAAAAUAUGCAGGGAUUUCUUUUACAUGUAUUUUUUAAAUGAUUGUGUCAGAUAGAGCGGUACAACCGACGCUGGUACCUCAAGGUCUGACUGCUUCUACAUAAGCACUACAUCUACAUAAGCCAGACCUUCAUGUGUCCAAGUGAAGCAAUAAAAAAAAUGGGUGCAAUUGUCACGCUUUACUGCUCUGUGAAGCUUCUUUUCCAUGGGGUUUGCACAUUUCCAUAGGGCUUUGGGAUCGAGGGAUGUCUCCUUGAAAACCCCAAAGUAAUGAAGGGAAGCUGCAGACCAGAAGUUCUUGAUAGAUAGCUCCCAAUGUGCCCUGCUCACCUUCCACUUCUUCCUGCAAAUCGAGUUAAGGGGGAGGUUAAGGGGAGAACUAACUUCAGUGAAGCUGUGGCUGAACAGUUACAGAUUGCUUUUUUUAAAAAAAGGUAGCCAACUUUUUUUAUUUAAAAAAAGAUAUAUUUGUUAACAGUUUUGUAGGGAAUUCAGUAGAAGAAAAAUCUUAAAGCACUCUUAUAAUAUGGUAUCUUUUCUAUUCCUAUAUUAAAAAGCAGAUCUUUUUAAAGUAUUUCUGUAACUUAAAAGACCUGUCCUUUUAAAAUCAGUUUUAGAUAGGGUUUGUGUGUGUGUCAUUUUGUUGCAAAUCCCUUUGGUUCUCUGUAAAACUUACCUUUUUUGUAUAUUAUUGUUUGCAAUAAAUAUACGUUGUAUUAAACUUUAA